AUGGUUCGCUCGCGUGUCCUUUCGUUCAUAUCGUCCUUAGGCUCGCCGCACCGCCAUCAGGGCGCGACCACUUCUGAUGCCGGUUCUUCUUCUACUCCAGCAUCGGCGAAGCAGGAACCAAAGAUCGAGAAGCCUAUUCCGCAGCACGAUGCCGCCCCUGCUCGCGCCUCACCAGAGCCUUCCUCCAAACCAGACCGGUCCAGCACCGGGCGCCCGGCGUCCAUGGCCUUUACCUAUCAACCUCCGGUGAUGGACGUCGCCCAAGACACGCUGCCGGAAUUACUCCCAAUUUUCACUUUCCUCAAUAGCCAUUCGAACAAGCUAUACCAGGAAGGCUACUUUCUCAAGCUGAACGAUCUGGACACACAGGGAAGGCCAUGUGCGGAUCGACAUUGGGUGGAAUGUUUCGCCCAGCUGGUCGGGACCGUCCUGUCACUCUGGGAUGCCGCUGCGCUGGACGCAGCCGGCCAAGACGGGGAGGUCGCGCCGACUUUUAUCAACAUUGCAGACGCCUCGAUUAAAAUGAUCGAGACGCUGCCGACUCGCAACGGCUCCAAGCCACUGCACAAUAUCCUCAGUAUUUCCACCGCGGGCAAAAACCGGUACCUGUUCCACUUCAAUUCCCUUCAUUCGAUGACGCAAUGGACCGCGGGUAUCCGUUUGGCCAUGUUUGAACACACUUCGCUGCUGGAGGCGUAUACAGGCUCGAUAAUUGCCGGAAAAGGCAAGUCGUUGAAUAACAUCCGCACGAUCAUGGAGCGCAGUCGAUUCAAGCACGAAGACUGGGCCAGGGUCCGAUUUGGCGCCGGCACGCCGUGGAGACGGUGUUGGUGUGUCGUCACUCCGCCGGACGAGAAGGAGUACCAGAAAUUGCUGAAGUCGAUGAAGAAACGAUCGGCGUAUGACCGGACAACCCCGGUUCUCAAGGGAAAUAUCAAGUUCUACGAAUCCAAGAAGACGAAGAAGACCCAGCCGAUUGCAACCAUCACGGAUGCCUACGCUGCGUACGCCAUCUACCCUCAGUCGAAGCCUCUCAUCGAUCAGUCUACCCUGGUCAAGAUCGAAGGCGACAUCACCAUUCACUCCCAAUCGCAGUCCACGACGGAGGGGUUUGUCUUCGUCAUGCCAGAACUGCACCCGGCCGUUUCGGGGUUCGAAAUGAUGCUCCGUUUCCUCUUCCCCGUGUUCGAUACGUUUGGUCUCUAUGGCCGGCCCAACCGACUCAUCGCGGACACGAACAACGUCAAGAGUUUGAUGUUUGCGUUUCCCAAGAAGAAGCGAUACGGCUACCUCGAUGUCCUCGACGUGGCCAACCUGAUUCACACUCCCGGAAGUCAAAACUGGUCUGAGAAAGAAUGGAGAAAACAACUGAGGGAGGCCACCGCACAGCGGAUGGCUUCGCAGGACAGCCGGGCAAGUAGCAUUGCCGACAGUCGGUCCCGUCAGCGGGCUAGCAUGCCCACUCGCACCCACCGGGCCCGAUUUGAGGAUUCUGGGGAGCCUCUCUCGCCGGAGUUCAACCAGUCCGCCGAUGCUAUUGUUGGGGGCUCGGAGACGUCAGGUGGACCCGGCCAUUCUGAACACGGUCACGCUCGAGCUGCGUCAGAUACCAUGGGAUUGCCACAUACCCGUCAGCCAGAGAAGUCUUACACGCCGACUCAACUGUCGAUCGAGAACUCUCCACCAGAGCCGGUCACCGAGGAGCGUCCGGGGACUCAUGGAUCCAACACAGGCAGCGGUUCGGACGGCGACGGGCAACCUUCUGAGACUCCUCAAGCUGAGGCGUUAAGACAGGACCUUCGACCGAAUGAACCGCCAGCACCAGUGGCCGUCCCACCGGCUUUCGCACACAGUCCUGGACAGGUACCUGUGACUCGGCCACAACCCUCACCAGAACUCCGGAAGGCGAACAACCGCAUGUCGAGCACUACUCUGGCGCAGAUGGCCGAAGUUGGCAGGAUACACGGAGCGACACACCUGGGCGAAUUCCAGCAACGUGCAGAGGAGCCACAACAGCCGGACCACCGAGAUAUAUUCACGCACGAAGACGCCAAUUCCCAUGGGGCCAACGCUGACGGGCAGGUGACCCCCAAAAGGACACCUCCCCAAGAUGAAGGCUUCUCCAGAUCUCAGGACGCCGCUCCGCCCGUUCCGGCCCAUGGAUCCAGCCCCUUGCGCAAUCUUCGCAUCGACACUGAGAAGGCGAUCAGACGUAAGCCCGUCCCUUCGCAACAAGCCUCCGUUCCUCCUCCGGAAUCCCAUCCGGAACCCGACCAAUCGUCUAUUUCUUCACCCAGCUUGAGAGACUUGCGCCAUACUCUCGACGAAGACGCAUUGAAUAGGAUCAUGACUCGGCAAUCAUCGUUUUCCCCAGACAAGUCUCCCGACAAGGACGUGCGAGGAGGCGAUGAGGAGAGUGUUUACGAUGACGAAUCAGUCCCCGACUAUGCCAGUACAACCAAGUCGACUUCCACAAAGCGCUCCACCGCGUCGAUUUCCCGGCCCAGGAUGGGAGUGUUGAAGACUGUGGGAGGAGCGACGCCUCCGAAAGAGGAGGUGACCGUUGGUGACACCCACUAUUACGCGCAUGUCGAGCCACAACAGGAGAAUCCCGACAUCCCUACCGUAGACUUCGGACCGACCAUGUCUUACGAUCCCACUACUAGGCGGCCGAGUAUAUCAGACACGUUGAGCAAGUUUGGUCAUGGCAGGUCGGACUCGGAUGCGACGGUGAAGAAGCUCUCGGCUUCUCCUGGUGGGCACAAACGCGGCCAGUCGCGCUCUCCUGCUGGGGAGGAAAAGCGCCGAAGCAUGGUUUGGCAACCUGGUCUGACCAGUGGCCGUCCUGAAUCUCCUUCGUCUCGCGGGGUCACUCCGGAGCAAUUUGUCCACCAGCGGGCUCUCUCCAACCACCGAAUAGGCUCUCCUGUGUACGCUCACCACCAGAGGAGCUCUUCUACUCAGACAGCUGCACGGCCUCACUCGGGUGAUUGGACGACGCUUGCUUACCAGCACCCCCAUGGGCGAGAUCUACCACCUCGACCUCAUUCCCGGGGUGCCAGCAGCGUGCUGAAUUACAACGAUGUCACCAACCAUCUCUCCGCGCGUGAGCAGGAACAUGUGGCUCGGAUGACGGGCUCCUCGUUUUUCAACUUCUCGAGCAGCAACGCGAAACAGCCAACCCCUGUUGCUCCUGGUGGGCUAGUCAGUGCAAUCGAUGCCCGAGAACGAGAAAAGCGAGAAAUGAAAGAAGGGGUGAGCAAUCAAAUGGUACAACAGGCCAUUGCUCAACGCCAGCAGCAACAGAUGUACGAGGCGCAGCAGCAGCAUGCGAGAGCCCAAAGCAUCUACAACAUGCCCGGUGCCAGCUACACCUGGGACGCUCUCAAUGCCAUGAAUCCAAUGCAGCAUCCCAUGAACGCACAGAAUCCGCAGCAAUGGGGUAGACCAAUGACGCCCCAGUUUCCAUCUACGCCUCCAGCAGCCCAUCAACCAAGUCACUACUUUCAGCAGUAUCAAGGGUAUUAG